GGCGGCGCGCGAUGGUGGCGGGCGCGUUCCCGCUGGCGAAGCUGCUGACGCUGGGCGCGCGCCAGCUGAGCCGGCCCCUGGCGGCGCGCAUCAAGGCGGGGGCGCGCGCCAGCCCCUUCUUCCGCACGUGCAUCUGCCUGCCCCCCGCGCAGCUGUACCACUGGGUGGAGAUGCGCGCCAAGAUGCGGCUGAUGGGCUUCCGCGGCGCGGCGGUGAAGCCGCUGAACGAGGAGGCGGCGGCGGAGCUGGGGGCCGAGCUCCUGGGCGAAGCCAUCGUUUUCGGCGUCGGGGGGCUCUGCCUUUACCUCGAGUACGCGAGGCAGGCCGGGGCCGCCCGGCGUCGGGAGGAGGAGCAAGCGGCGGCCAUGCGGGACCUGCGCGACCGCCUCGACCGCCUCCAGCGCCAGGUCGAGGCCUUGGUGGGAAAUCACCCCGCUGGACACGCCCCCGAGGGGGAGAGCCCCGCCCCUACGGGCGAUAAGCCCGCCCAAGCGGCGACAAACCACGCCCCCUCGGGAUCCAACCCCGCGCCCGCCCACGCGGCGGCAAACCACGCCCCCUCGGGUUCGAACCCCGCGCCCGCCGCGCGUGGCCACGCCCAUUAA